GCCUUGAGGUCGGUGGAGCCACGUGCCUUCCCGUACUGGGAUUAUUCAAAGCCGGGAAGGCGUGAGAAAAGUCUCUUUAAGUAAUACAUAUAUAUCCGGCGUCUGUGCGGCCUCCGGCGGCUGAUUUUGCAAGGUGCGGGCGGGGAGUGGAUGUUUUCCUUUGCCUAGCCGUCGCGGGUAGAAGCUGUGUUAGGUGAUAUGGCAACCUUUUGGAGAACCUACCAGAGAUUGAUGGUCCAGCACCCCUGGAAGGUGCAAAUCAUCACAGCUGGGACCCUCAUGGGUGCUGGAGAUGUGAUUUCACAGCAGGUGAUUGAAAGAAGAGGGCUGUCUGGGCACAGUGGCUGGCGGACCCUAAAAAUGAUGAGCAUUGGUUUUUGCUUUGUGGGCCCAGUCAUUGGAAGAUGGUACCAGAUCCUGGAUCGUUUAGUGCUAGGCAAAACCAGAGUGGCUGCACUCCAGAAGAUGCUGCUGGAUCAGGUUGGAUUUGCACCCUGCUUCCUGGCCUGUUUUCUGACUCUGGCGGGAACACUCAACGGCCUAUCCUUGCAAGAGAACUGGAGCAAGCUCAAGGAGGACUACCCUGAUGCCCUGAUCACCAACUACUAUAUUUGGCCAGCAGUGCAGGUUGCCAACUUCUAUUUCAUCCCCUUGAACUACAGACUUCCUGUGGUCCAGUGUGUUGCCAUUAUCUGGAACAGUUAUCUUUCCUGGAAAGCCAAUAAACUAUAACCAUGGGAAGACGUGAGAACUAUGCUUAAUCCUAUUAGAACACCUGCAGCUUCUCUUUACUCUCUGUUCUUCAUGAAAUGCAAACAGAUGAACAACCCAGAAUGCAUACCAUAUACCAACCACAAGGAUGCCCAAUCAACCAGCAUAUGCAACUGCACAAAGACAUAUUCGUGAAAAAGCUCCAAGUGUUUUCUGAAAAGGAGAAUUGGGCAAAAUAAACCUCUGCCCUGCAUACUCUGCUAUUAGCAGUUAAAUAAUCAGACCAGCUAUCACAGCUGCUUGAUGGAACUGUAGAUAUACUGUGUUAUAGAACACAAGAAAUGCUGCAAUCAUCUAGGUACUUGACUAUAGAGUGUUUGGUAGGGCCUUGUAGGAAAACUACUAAUUUCUAUGAGCUAUGUUUACUAUUCUUUAGGAACGUAAGAAGCUCUUUUAUACUUGCAGGCCAGGAUACACUUGGCUCUAAUGGAUACACUUAGCAUAUGUAAACGUCAAUGUUCUCUUUUCCGGUAGUUCUCGUUUAACAACUGCCUUAUACAGUAACCAUUAGCCUUUAUAACAAUGAAGAAAAAGUAACUUUGCAACCAAUCCUUGCAUUUAUAAACUUCGCAGGUCUAUAAAGCAAAGGAAAGCUGAAAUAAGAUCAUAACUACAAUUGCAGUUUCACUACCAACUGCUUUGCUUAAUGAUCAAGUUGCCAGUCCCAGGUGUGAGACCAAAUUAAAACUACCUGUAUUUAGGUCUUUCGUAGCUUACUGUGUCAUAUAACCCAAUUUUCAAUUAGUUUAUGGCUUAAUGCAUUAUUUUAACUCAGUGAGAAUUCAGUAACCAGACCAAGCAUCCUGUGUAACUGAGCCAUGGAAUAAGACAUUUGGUCCAUUUUGCCUAUUACUGUAAAUAAUUACUGUAGUGGCUUUUUAGUGUUUUAAGGCUACUUUUCUGCUCUUGCUUUGGCAUAUCAAGAACUAGAUCUGAGGCCACCUGAAUGCAAAGCAUGGGGUCUAUUGCUGAACUCACUUUUGAAAUAUUGGGAUGCUGGGAGCCCAACUGAUACACAGCUAAGUUAAUUUUUGGAAAGAAUUUGGAAAAUUGAUCAAGGAGAGAUCUAUUAGUGGCAAUUUGCUAUGAUAACUAGAGGGUAUCUCCAUAUAUUGAACCAGUCUCUUAGGAAGCUUCUAUUGUUGAUUUAUUUAUUUGUAAUAGAUGUGUAUGACAUCUACAGAGAUCAUCAAUCACCAAUAUACAAAUUAAUUUAGUUUAAAGUGUCAGCAAAUAUAUAUAUAUAUAUAUAAAAGAUAUAUGGACAGUGUUUUUUAUUUAACAAGUUUUUUUAAGAACUCACUGAUUAAAUAUAUUGGACUCCAGAUCCAUAUUUUGCAACUAAACAUAGAAGGCUUAAGUAGAAGUAAAUAUGAGUACCUAAGCAGACUGGCCAUAGAUAAUAGGAUAGAUGUUAUGACACUACAAGAGACUCAUUUGGCUGACAAGGAACAAAUUAAAGCUCAAGGGAAAAUCCAGGGACCACAGUUGUAGCCAAAAUAAUGUCCAUUGUUGAUGAGUAAUAUGUAAGAAUGAUUGACUUUUAGGUUUUGGUUGAUUCUAAGGAAUCAAAAUGACUACUAUGAAAAAUAGGAUGCUUAGUCCAAUCCAACUGGAAUUAAUUCUUACAAAGUAGGCAAUCAUAUAGAAUGCAUAUAUGGUGCAGUAGUUAAGGUUUUGGACUAGGAUCAAGGAGACCCAUUUCUAAUCUUAUAUCAGCCAUGGAAGCUCACUAAGCGAUAUUUAGGUUGGUUACUUUCAUUCAAGCCAAUCUACUGAUCAGGGUUGUGGUUAUGGGAGAAAAGAGGAGGGAAUACUAUGUAUGCUAUAAUGAGCUUCUGUACAAAAAGUGAUAUAUAAAUCAAAUGAAUAAACAUAAAAGUUUGAAUUUAAGUGAAGUCA